UCAUGCUUUCAAACAGAGUUCUGUGUUUACUUCUUAUACAARUACAAAUUAUACCGGAAGUCCUAGAAGUCCUGGUCUCAAAAAUUGGAUUUAAAUUAUGCCACAUCAGAGCCUUUGUGCUUCGCCCAGGCCAGAAGAAACGCAGGCACUGGGUACGAUAUUGCGAGUGGACUAAAAGCAUCUGAACAUUGGACAGGAAUUUCCUCUGGAUAUAUUCUCAUUCUCAGUAAUCGUCACCAACUUCACUGAUAAAUAUGGAGGAAGUUCUCAAAAGCGAUUACCAAAAGCACAAAGCGAAAAUGGCAGCCGAGGCGGACUCGAUGGAUCGCCGCUUGCAAAAAAUUGAGGAAAGGAAGGAAGAAUGCAUCUUCACAAUAGAACACUGGAAGGCUAUUUUUAAAGGUAAAUACAAAUCUAGCUGGCGUGGUUUGCCUCUGAUGAAAACGCCUUUUGAAAUAAUAACUUAUCAGCAAAUGAUAUGGGACCUCAAGCCUCAAACGAUCCUGGAGUUUGGCUCGAAUUGUGGUGGCUCUGCGAUAUGGAUGGCCGAUAUCGCAAAAAUGGGUGAAGGAAAAUGCCAUGUUUAUUCAAUGGACAUCAACCAGGGAUUACUAGAACCACUAGCAAAGGAGAAGAGAGAUGACAUCACUUUUAUAGAGGGAGACUGUAAUAAAGUUGAGAAGGUUUUCCCCCCAGAACUACUCAAGGGAUUACCACACCCAUGGAUAGUGUCAGAAGACGCGCAUGUGAAUGUAGAAGCAAUCCUUGAAUACUUGCAUCAAUUUAUGGAGCCUGGGGAUUACGUCAUAGUCGAAGACACCAAUCCGUUUACUCCGUCAACUGAUGAUGAUGGCGGUUUUGAUUUCAUCAAUUUGAAGGGAUGGGGACGAUGGAAAUUGGAAGUGGUUAUUGAUUUCAUACGAAAGCAUCCAGAUCAAUAUCGCAUUGACUCAGGAUAUAAUGAUUUCUUUGGCUACAACGUAUCGAACAACAUGAACAGCUACAUUAGACGUAUAUAAAAGCGCUCUUUAGACAAAACAUAGCUCAUUCAUUAGCUCGAUGGUUUUAAAAUAAAAGACGUUUAAAACAGUU